UCAACUAUGUUGCCUCAGCCAUGGAACUGGUUGGCCAUAGUGUGUGCCAUUUUUGUGUUCACAUGCCCCAUGGCGGAGUCUUAUCCACGAGAGGAUAAGAUCCAAAGCUUGCCUGGCCAGCCACCCGUAACGUUUCAGCAAUUUGCUGGCUACAUAACCAUCGAUGACAGGAAACAGAGAUCCAUGUUUUAUUACUUUGUUGAAGCAGAAACAAACCCUGCUUCCAAGCCUCUCGUUCUCUGGCUCAAUGGAGGUCCAGGCUGUUCUUCUCUCAUCGGAUCCUUCCUUGAACACGGGCCAUUUGUAGUCAGUGCAAAGGGUAUCGUGAAGAAUAAAUAUAGUUGGAGCAGAGUGGCAAACAUGUUAUACUUGGAAUCACCGGCAGGUGUUGGAUUCUCUUAUUCCGUCAACACGUCCAUCUAUGCUUCCUACAACGAUGAGAUCAUAGCACGAGACAACUUGGCAUUUCUGCAGCGUUGGUUUGCCGAGUUUCCAGAAUACAAGAACAGAGAAUUGUUCAUAACAGGCGAGAGUUAUGGAGGGCACUACGUGCCACAGGUUGCACAGCUUAUUAUUCAAACCAAGGCCAUCCCCAACCUCAAGGGUAUAGCGAUAGGAAAUCCCUUGCUAGAGUUUGAGAAUGACUUCGAUUCGAAGGUUGAUUACUAUUGGUCCCAUGGGUUAAUAACGGAUUUGACUUACAACGUUAUGAACAGAGCAUGUAAGGGUUCUGAGUAUGUAAGACAAAUGAUCCAGGGUAAGAUCUCUGACACUUGCAAGAAACUCUAUGCCAAUGUGGAAACUGCGUUUGCUCAUUCAGUAGACCCAGAUAAUAUUCUGGGCCAAACAUGCGAAUCUUUAAAUUUAUCCACGACAGCUAUCCUCGCUCACCCACCAACCCCGAUAAUGUCUCAGCUUUUGCCGCCAUAUACAAACAAUCGCCAGGUGUGAAGUCAUCAGUCAACAUCCGAAUGACAUAAAUAUAUGGGUGCUUGAGUGUAUUGAAAAGCAAUCAAUUCAAUGUCUUUUUUGUAGGGAGAUGAUGGCGUCUGUGAACUCAAACUGACGUUCUUAUCCAACUAUUUAAAUAGGAAGGACGUACA